AGGUCAUCAGUGGAGAGUGGAGAGGAAAACCAUUAACAGUGGUGAAAGCUCCAGACAUGUUCAGUCUGUCUGUGGAAGCAGUGAGAGAAGAGGUGAAGAAGUGUGAGACUCUUUGUUCUCCUGGACCAAAUGUUCUGCUGCUGUUAGUGAAACCUUCUGAUUUCACUGAGGAGAACAGACGAACACUGAAGUUCAUCCUGAGUCUGUUUGGUCCAGAUGCUUUUAAACACUCGAUGGUCGUCAUGACAGAGAAGAGAGGAACACAACACACUGUCAAUCAGCUGCUUCAAGACUGUGGAGGAAGACUCUACAACAUGUUUGAAGAUAAACACCAACUGUUGAUGGAGAAGAUUGAGAACAUUGUGCGUGAAAACAAAGAAACCUUCCUCACCUUCUCUGAAGAGCCUGAACACAUGAAACCAGCUUUAAACCUGGUUCUGUGUGGGAGGAGAGGAGCAGGGAAGACUUCAGCAGCCGAGGCCAUUUUAGGUCAGACAGAGCUUCAUUCAGUCUCCAGCUCAUCAGAGUGUGUUAAACAUCAGGGAGAGGUGAGAGGACAUCAGGUUUCCCUGGUGGAUCUUCCUGCCUUGUAUGGAACACCUCAGGAGGAAGUGAUGAAGGAAUCACUCAGGUGUAUCUCCCUCUGUGAUCCUGAGGGCGUCCAUGCCUUCAUCCUGGUCCUACCUGUGGGUCCCCUCACUGAUGAAGACAAGGGAGAGUUAGAGACCAUCCAGAACUCAUUCAGCUCUCCAGUCAAUGACUUCACCAUGAUUCUGUUCACUGUGGAAGACAUCCAGGAGCUGCUUCAGAGCUGUGGAGGAAGAUCUGUUGUUGUCAACAUCAAGGACAAGCAGCAGAUCUCUGAGGUGUUGGAUAGUUUAGAAAAAAAGAGACUUGACAAAGAAAAACCAUCCAGCUACACAACUGAGACAUUUGCACUUGCACAAAUAGGGAAGAUCAUAAAACAAGAGAAACACAUCAUCACACUGCAGACUGAACUUGAGAACUGGAGACCAAAAGGCAAAAUCAGUUGUGAUGAUAAGAACCAGAGUCCAGAGUGUCUCAGGAUCGUGCUGAUAGGAAAGACUGGUAAUGGAAAGAGCGCUACAGGAAACACCAUUCUGGGAAGAAAAGAGUUUAAAGCUGAAUCAUGUCAAACAUCAGUCACCAAAUAUUGUCAGAAAGCACAGAGUGAAGUGGACGGUCGUCCUGUUGUUGUGGUCGACACUCCUGGUCUGUUUGACAAUAGUUUGUCUCAUGAACAGGUUAAUGAGGAGAUGGUGAAGUGCAUCAGUCUUCUGGCUCCAGGACCACAUGUCUUCCUGUUGGUGUUACAGAUCGGACGACUCACACCAGAGGAGAAGGAGACACUGAAACUCAUCAAGGAAGUCUUUGGGAAGAAUUCUGGAGAGUUCACCAUCAUUCUGUUCACAAGAGGAGAUACACUGGAACAAGAGGAGCUGUCGAUUGAAGAAUACAUCAACAACUGCGAUGAUUCCUUUAAGAAGCUGAUCUCUGACUGUGGAGGAAGAUGCCAUGUGUUUAACAACUAUGAUAAACACAAUCAUACACAAGUCAGAGAGCUGAUAAACAAGAUCGACACCAUGCUGAAGGAAGAAGAGAUGAAGAAGGAAAAGGGGAAACUAGAAAGAAAACAUGAGGAAGAAAAGAAAACCAUGAAAAGAAGAAUGGAAGAAGAGAGAGCAGAAACUGAACAAGAGAGAAAACUGAGAGAAAAACAACUCAAGGAAAUGGAGGAGAAGAUAAAGAAGGAGCGUGAGCAGACACAGAAAGAACAGGAGAAGAGAGAAGAAGAAGACAGGAAGAAGAAACAACAGGAAGAAACUCAACGACAGGAGUGGGAACAAAAAAUUAAAGACCUGAAGAGCAAAAUAAAAUCAGAAUCAGAAUCAAAGGAAAUCUUUGACAGAAAGCUGAAGGAGACUAAAGAGGUGAUGAAAACACAACAGGAGGACUGGGAGAAGGAACAAAAUGAGUGCUGGGAAAAACAAGAAGAAGAAUAUGAGCGAAAGAGAAGCAGUCUUGCCCUGACCAACAUGGCGGCGACGCUGACGUAUCCCAGCAACUGGCUGAAGCGGUGA